AUGGACGUGGAUUUCGAGCCUCUUGUCCCGGAGAAUGCACGCUUGCGGGGCCACGUAUCGCAAAGAAGCAAUCUGCGGUAUAUAAAAACAGUCGUGGAACAUUUUGACGAGCGACAGCGGGAAGAGUUUCGCAACUCAUGCCUUGGGUUCUUAUCCGAGGUUCCAGAUCUCCAGUUCUCUGCCCAAUUAAUCCAACAACUCGUAUUCUGCUGCAUACAAACAAAGAAGCGGCACGAACUGUGGUUUAAUUUGCAAGGCCACCUUGCUAGGUUCGAAAUUCAAGAAUAUGCCAUUGUGACUGGAUUAAGGUGUGGUCUUCUCUCGGAUGACAAUGUCAUGGACCGAGUUCUUGCGAAGAGGAGACUAAAGGACAAAUACUUUAAACAUGUGGACAAGAUUUCUUGCGCCCAACUCGAGCAGACAUUUCUUCGAUCGUCAACGCCUCGAGCCGAUCGGUACAAGCUUGGCCUCGCUUUGAUCAUCGAAGGAGUCUUCAAUGCUCCGGAUAACAACGUUGGUAUCGAUAUGGAGACGUUGUCGAUCGUCGACGAUCUAGACUUGUUCUUUUCGUAUCCUUGGGGUAGAAUCUCGUACGGACGUCUGAUAAAGGGCUUUCGGGGCCGUUGGGCAAGAAAAUUUUUGGAUGCGUCGAAGAAGAAGGAGAAGGCGGUUAGCUACACGGUCCACGGCUUUCCCAUUGCCAUACAGAUAUGGGCGUUCGAGGCGGUGCCUGAAAUUGGUGACCGCUUCGGUGAGCGUCUUGGGGAACGUUCCCCACGGCUUCUCGGCUGGACAUCAACAAAACAGCCGCAGCAGCGUACGUACGACGCUUUCUUCAAGAAUGUACAGCUACACGUGUACGCGACACUGCGGCCCACCGAGACUGAGCGUGGGCAACCUCAUAUCGCCACUCUUGUGCUGCUCAAUGAUGAUCCUGUCCCCGCGUUGGAUGACCUUGCUAGGGACAGUGUUGCUCCGCAGUUCCAAGCAGAACGUAUGGGCACCCCUGAGGGUGAUACUUCUGCGGAGGCCCAUGACGGUGGCGGGACUAGUGGUGAGGAGGAGUUAGGAGCCGAUGACAGCGGAGAGGAAGAAGGUGGGGACUCGGAGGAGGACGACAGUGAGGAUAGUGACGGUGAUCGAGUUGGACGAAGUGGACAGACGGGGACUUCCCCCCCCUCCCCACCAGCAUAG